UUUAAGAUGUAGUGUAAUGGAAAUUGAUAGCAAUGAAGGUGGAAAAACAAAGGAGUUGUUUGGAGGGGCGUUUAGUUGCUUUUUACCCAGAAAUGCACAGGAUAUGAGUGUUAUUCGCGAUGUACCAGACAAUCAAGAAGUGUUUUGUCAUCAAUCCACUGACCAAAGUAUAAUGGUAGACAUUCUCGAAUUUCAAUCAAGUGUGACUGGUGAGAAUGCUGCAAGAUACCAUUUUGAAGAUUUGGCUUCGUCCAACGAUGCACAUGGUGAAAACGAGGUUCUUCACAUCGAGGCACUUUCUAAGGAUGAUAUAACUCUGGAUUCAUGUCAAGAUGCUUGGCUUUUAUCUGGUAGACAGAUGGUAUCAAAGUUCAACGAGACGAAGAACGCUAAAAAUUUGGUGCACAUCCAUAUGGUUUUAUAUCGCUUGCCGCAAUAUGUUACUGAUAUCGUCGUCAUUAUGAAUAUUCCAGUGGCUAUUAGCGUAGGUAGCAGUAGCAGCGCUUCGUCUUCACCUAAUGGUCCAGAUGCAUGGAGCGUGAACACGUUUAGGAAAAUAGCCUGCUCUUUACAGUUGAACGACCCAAGUAUAUUCGGUGAAACUUAAUGUACAAGGAAUUAAUUCCACAGAUAGAUAAGCUAUCUUAGCUAUAUUUUUUCACAGCUAUUUUUUGUGUGAAAUAUACUUUUCCUCUAA